AUGGCUCCCCGUACCAACCCACCCAAGCCCGUGCCGCAGCCCUGGGUAAACCCUGCACAGCACGUUUCGCCGCACGUUUCACAGCACGCUUCACAGCACGUUUCGCCCCAGCUCUCGCAUACACCGCAGUUUUCACAGGCCCAAGCCCAAUCGCAGCUGCAGAUGCAGUCCCCGAUACAAAUGCAGUCCCAACUGCAGUCCCAACUGCAGUCCCAGCAGGACGCGCCACCUCGUCUGGCCCAGCCUUCGAUCCACCACCUGCUGGGCCAGCCGCUGCUGCCUAGCCUGCAUGUGCCGCCAGUGCCAGCCGCCUCUGGCGCUGGCUCUGGCGCUGGCUCCUCUGCCUCUGCCUCCGCCUCCGCCUCCGCCCAGCCGCCCUUCUAUUACUUGCUCAACAAGCACCCAGCCGCCACGCCCACGGCGCCAGACGAGCCCUCUGCCAAACGCCAGCACACUUCUCCUACACAAGCACAUGCUCAGCCUUCAGAGUACCAUGCGCCUCCCCAUUACACCUCUGCCGUCCAGCCAGACCCCAAACUCAAGCGUCUGUCUAGCUUCCAUUCCACAGUAAUGAACCCGGCAAGUUCUCCUCCUGCUACAGGGCUCGGCGUUUCCAAUAGUACCGGGAUCCCACCGGGAACCGUCCCCACGGGAACGGUCUCCACGGGAAUGGUCCCCGCUGGCGCUGUCGCAAGCUCCAGCGCCAGCACAGGCGCCAGCACAGGCGCGGCUGCCAAGGGCAAACAAGGCGUCCGUCGCAAUACUCAAGAAGCAAUGGCCAAAACCAUCGCAGAACGUUACAAAGAUCAACCAAUCUCCAACUACGUCUCGGUGGUGAAAAAAGCUGAAAUGGACGUUCUCGGCAUGAACCUACAAACGCAUACAAAGUCCGAGAUCCAGGCCGCAGAACAAAACCGCGAACGCGAAAGACAAGUUUACGCGUUUCUGUGGUUGCUCCAGAAUUGCCGCUCAGACAGCGACUCGUAUGUCCCGCGUGGGCGUAUCUUUGCCCAGUACGCUUCGUCGUGUGCUUCCAACAGUCUCAAGCCUCUGUCGCAAGCUUCCUUGGGUAAAUUGAUCCGUGCAGUGUUCCCAGACUUGACCACCCGUCGUUUGGGGAUCCGUGGUCAAUCAAAGUACCAUUAUUGUGGGUUGAAACUUCUUUCGGACGAGCCUGUUCCACCAGAAGAGUCGUUGUUCCCAUCGGCCUUCUCUGCUCCGUUCCCUGGAUUCCCCACUUCACCGGGAAUCAAUGCGGCUACUACGACUGCUACCACGACAACAGCAUCAGCAACCCCGCUGCCUUUGCAAAUGCCUCCUCCUACAGCUUUGUCAUUAUCAGCUUCUGAAUCCAUCAAUUCAAGCGCCAGUGCCAGUGCCAGUGCCAGUGCAAGUGCAAGUGCAAGUGCCAGUGCAAGCGCCAGUGCAAGCACAAGCGCCAGUGUCAGUGCCAGUGUAAGCACUGUAGCCAGCGCAAGCGCCGGUGGUGCCAUCACUAAUGGCAACUCCCCCAUAAACUCCCCUUCCAACUCCCCCAUUACUCCACACGACGAAAUGAUCUUUAUCAAAGAUCUCUUUGCAUGUGUUUUCCAAAACGACGUCAUCCACAACUCUUUGCAAAACAAUCAAUUGAAAUUCCCUCCAAUCCCCAAAAACCAAUUGACUCAAUCCGAUAUAGACAUUAUCUCCUCUUUAGAAUCCUUGUAUUUCGUGUAUUGUAAUACCCUUUUCGAAAACAUCCAAUUUUUCAAAUUCGAUGAAAUCCCCAAUUGUAUUUCCCUCUUCAAUUCAGGGUCCGUUUCCCCACAGAUGUAUAAUUUGUUCAUCUCCGAACCAUUGUUUGAUUGGAUCUUCCAAUGCGAUUUAAUCACUCAUAUUGCAUUGAUCAAAUACUUAUCCAAAUACGUUCUAUGUUCGUAUUCCAUCUCAACUAAUAAAUUAAACAGAUUACAAUCAUUCGCCAAUGAUUACCCUCAUCUCGUCUCGAAAUCCAUCAUCGAUCUUCCUGUCCCCAUUGUUUCUAAAAAAUUACAAAUCGUCGAAAUGUUUGCCAAAUUAUUGAAAAAAUUAAUUCGUCUAAUCAAAUUAUCUCGCUUACUCAUCAAAUCUCUUCAUAUAAAUAAAUUACAGAUGAAAUCCGAUUGGGCUCAAGUGAUCAAUCUCGAGGACGUCAAAGAAACCGUCGUCGUCUCUCCUCUCCCCAUCAUGAACCUCAUCAAAGAUUUCCUCAAGAUUCAAAUAUCUAUACUUCUCAGAGACUCUACAGAACAAAUCACUACCUCUUCUGCUCAUACUCUCCUGCCUCCUCUGCCUACACCCACUUCAGAUAGUGAUUCCGAUGAACAAGAUUACCAAACAGAACAAUCUGCAUUAAACAAUUUGAUCAAAUCCUAUUGUGAUUUCGUAUCCACUACAAACGACAUCUCCCCUGAUAAAUUGAUGUUCCAAUUGGCAAGAUUCUCGGAAUCAGUCAUGGAAGAAUUACUUUUAAAAUCUUCCAUAAACUCUACAACUUGGUUUUAUAAUAAAAAUUUCACUCUACAAUUAUUAAAUUAUUGUUCCGAAGUUGGCAAGUUUAUACAUCUCUAA